UCUCGGAAUCUUGUCGCAUUCGCGUCAGAAAGGUUUCGUGACUUGUACGCGUCGGUUGUGUUUCUGAAAGCGGAUAUUUUCAGUCAGCUCGUUUUAUUUCAUUUUAGUCUUUAAGAACGAAUUUAUGCAUAAUAAAAAAUAUAAAAAUAAAAGUUGGAAAAUAUACAAAAAUUUAAAUAUUGACGAAAAAUGUCCAAAACAGAAGCAGCAACAUCAGUUUUAGUGUUUUUUGUAAACGGCAAAAAGGUGACCGAUUGCAAUCCCGAUCCGGAAUGUACACUGCUCACCUAUCUGCGGGACAACUUGCGUCUAUGUGGCACUAAGCUUGGUUGCGGCGAGGGAGGAUGCGGGGCCUGCACCGUGAUGAUCUCCCGUCUGGAUCGUGACAGCAACCAGAUCAAGCACUUGGCAGUCAAUGCUUGCCUCACGCCGUUGUGUGCAAUGCAUGGCUGUGCUGUGACCACAGUGGAGGGCAUAGGCAGCACGCGGACUCGUCUGCAUCCGGCACAGGAGCGUCUGGCCAAGGCACAUGGCUCGCAAUGUGGCUUCUGUACGCCGGGAAUUGUGAUGUCCAUGUAUGCACUGUUGCGGAAUGCAGCACAGCCUUCGAUGCGCGACCUGGAGGUGGCAUUCCAGGGUAACUUGUGCCGCUGCACCGGUUACCGUCCCAUCCUGGAGGGCUACAAGACGUUCACCAAAGAAUUCGCAUGCGGAAUGGGUGACAAGUGUUGUCGUGUCAAUGGCAAAGGCUGUGCUGGUGGAGAUGAGCCCAAUACUGAUGACAAACUCUUUGAGCGCAGCGAGUUCCAGCCAUUCGAUCCCAGCCAGGAACCCAUCUUUCCACCGGAAUUGCAGUUGAAUGCAAAAUACGACGAGGAGAGCCUCAUCUUUCGCUCCGACCGUGUUGCCUGGUAUCGUCCAACGACGCUGCAGGAGUUGCUGCAGCUCAAGACUGAACAUCCGGCUGCCAAGCUCAUCGUGGGUAACACAGAGGUGGGCGUGGAGGUGAAAUUCAAGCACUUUCUCUAUCCCGUGCUCAUCAAUCCCAUCAGAGUGCCCGAGUUGUUGGAGGUGCGGGAAACGGAUGAGAGCAUUUAUUUCGGUGCCGCCGUUAGCCUGAUGGAUAUUGAUGCAUACCUGCGACGCCGCAUCGAGGAGCUGCCAGAGUACCAGACGCGCUUCUUCCAGAGCGCGGUGGACAUGUUGCACUACUUUGCCGGCAAACAGAUACGGAAUGUCGCCUGUCUUGGUGGCAAUAUCAUGACGGGCAGUCCGAUCUCAGACAUGAAUCCCGUGCUGACAGCAGCCGGUGCUCGUCUGGAAGUGGCCAGUCUCGACGCUGGCAAGCGAUCCGUCAACAUGGGCAGCGGCUUCUUUACUGGCUACCGCCGCAAUGUAAUCCAGCCGCAGGAGGUACUGCUGGGCAUACACUUCCAGAAGACAACGCCAGACCAGCAUUUUGUGGCCUUCAAGCAGGCGCGUAGACGGGAUGACGACAUUGCCAUCGUGAAUGCCGCUGUCAAUGUCCACUUUGAGCCGGACACCAAUGUGGUGCGCCGUAUUCACAUGGCCUUUGGUGGCAUGGCUCCCACCACGGUGCUGGCACCGAAAACCUCCGAGCUUGUAAUUGGACAAUCAUGGAAUCAGGCAUUGGUGGAGCAUGUCACGGAGAGCUUGUGCUCCGAAUUGCCAUUGGAUGCAUCGGCUCCGGGUGGCAUGAUAGCCUACCGACGUGCCCUGGUAGUCAGUCUAUUCUUUAAAUCCUACCUGGCAAUUAGCAGAAAGCUCUGCGAUGCCGGCAUCAUGCCGCCGGAUGCAGUGCCAAGGGCUGAGCUCAGUGGCGCCGAUGGAUUCCACACACCCGCUCUUCGGAGCGCCCAAUUGUUUGAGCGCGUCUCCAGCGAUCAGGCCAGUCAUGAUCCGGUUGGAAAGCCAAAGAUUCAUGCUGCAGCAUUGAAACAGGCCACGGGUGAGGCCAUCUAUACGGAUGAUAUUCCUCGCAUGGAUGGCGAGCUCUAUUUGGCAUUUGUGCUGAGCACCAAGGCACACGCCAAGUUAAUCAAUGUGGAUGCCACCGAAGCAUUGGCCAUGCCAGGAGUGCACGCCUUCUUCAGCGCCAAGGAUAUCACGGAGCACGAGAACGAGGUGGGUCCAGUGUUCCAUGAUGAGCACGUCUUCGCCGCCGGCUCAGUGCACUGCUAUGGACAGAUUAUAGGUGCGAUUGCCGCUGAUAACCAGACGCUGGCCCAACGAGCUGCUCGCCUGGUGCGUGUGGAGUACGAGGAGAUCAGUCCAGUCAUUGUCACCAUUGAGCAGGCUAUUGAGCACAGCUCGUACUAUCCCAACUUUCCGAAGUACAUUACCAAAGGUGAUGUUGAGCAGGCCUUUGCCGAGGCGGAUCACGUGCAUGAGGGCAGCUGCCGUAUGGGUGGCCAGGAGCAUUUCUAUCUGGAGACUCAUGCGGCCCUGGCUGUGCCCCGCGACACGGAUGAGCUCGAGCUCUUUUGCUCCACGCAACAUCCGUCGGAGGUGCAAAAACUGGUGUCCCAUGUCGUCUCCUUGCCCGCCCAUCGUGUUGUGUGCCGCGCCAAGCGUCUUGGUGGUGGCUUCGGUGGCAAGGAAUCACGUGGUAUCUCGGUAGCCUUGCCCGUAGCUCUGGCUGCCUAUCGACUACGUCGACCCGUACGCUGCAUGCUCGAUCGCGAUGAAGAUAUGCUCAUCACGGGCACACGUCAUCCCUUCCUCUUCAAGUACAAGGUGGGCUUCACCCGUGAGGGCCUCAUCACGGCCUGUGACAUUGAGAUGUACAACAACGCCGGAUGGUCUAUGGAUUUAUCCUUUUCGGUUCUGGAUCGUGCCAUGACGCAUUUUGAGAACUGUUAUCGCAUUCCCAAUGUGCGAGUCGCCGGUUGGGUGUGCAAGACCAAUCUUCCCUCGAAUACAGCAUUUCGUGGAUUUGGUGGCCCCCAGGGCAUGUUCGCGGGGGAGCACAUUAUUAGGGAUGUGGCGCGUAUUGUUGGCCGGGAUGUGCUGGAUGUGAUGCAGCUGAACUUUUACAAAACUGGUGACUACACACACUACAAUCAACAGCUGGAGCGAUUCCCCAUUGAGCGCUGCUUCCAGGACUGUAUUAAUCAGUCGCAAUACCACAAAAGAAAGGCGGAGAUUGUGAAAUUCAAUGAAGAGAAUCGAUGGCGCAAGCGUGGAAUUGGAUUGGUGCCCACCAAGUUUGGCGUUGCGUUUGGUGUCAUGCAUCUAAAUCAGGCAGGUGCCCUGAUCAACAUCUAUGCGGAUGGAUCGGUACUUUUAUCCCAUGGUGGUGUUGAAAUCGGUCAGGGCCUUAAUAUCAAGAUGAUCCAAUGUGCUGCACGGGCGCUGGGUAUUCCCAUUGAACUGAUUCACAUUUCGGAGACGGCAACGGAUAAAGUGCCAAAUACAUCACCAACGGCAGCCAGCGUGGGAUCAGAUCUGAACGGUAUGGCCGUGCUGGAUGCUUGUGAGAAGAUUAACAAGCGCCUGGUACCUAUUAAGGAGGCGCUUCCGUCUGGCACCUGGAAGGAUUGGAUCAACAAGGCAUAUUUUGAUCGUGUCAGUCUUUCGGCAACUGGUUUCUAUGCCAUCCCCAAUAUUGGUUACCAUCCAGAAACAAAUCCCAAUGCACGGCUCUACAACUAUUUCACAAACGGAGUGGGAAUAUCGGUUGUGGAGAUUGACUGCCUCACCGGGGAUCAUCAGGUGCUUAGCACAGACAUUGUAAUGGACAUUGGGUCCAGCAUCAAUCCGGCCAUUGACAUUGGUCAGAUCGAAGGCGCAUUUAUGCAGGGAUAUGGCCUAUUUACUCUGGAAGAACUCAUGUACUCGCCGCAAGGCAUGCUUUACUCUCGUGGACCGGGCAUGUAUAAGCUGCCCGGGUUUGCAGAUAUACCCGGCGAGUUUAACGUUAGUCUGCUGACCAAUGCACCCAAUCCUCGUGCAGUUUACUCCUCAAAGGCUGUUGGCGAACCUCCACUUUUCAUCGGAUGUUCCGUAUUUUUUGCUAUCAAAGAAGCCAUUGCAGCAGCUCGGACCGAGCAGAAACUAAGCGCGCAUUGUAAUCUUGAGGCGCCGGCAACAUCGGCCCGCAUCCGCAUGGCUUGCCAGGAUAAAUUCACCGAAUUGCUUGAUGUACCAGAAGCAGGCAGCUAUACACCAUGGAAUAUAGUGCCAUAAGAAUUGGGAAUACUAGAAGAAUUUGUUAUAUGAAAACACUUACAUGUACAGUAGAAAUCGAUUAUUAUUAUUAGUAAUUAUCAAUUCACAGUCCGCAGUUCAUUUCGACCAGAUCCCAAAUGUAUCUUAGGCCUAAUGUUUCUUAAAUACAAUCCUCUCUACCCAAUCCAAGUA